CCACUAUACUUGGUAGUCUCAGAAUCACGAUGUGCGACUUUACCAAAUACUACUACGUCUACACGUCAUGUCUUGACCCUGGACUUCACUUCUUCCGCACGUCGAUUGACGGAAGCAGCAAGAACGCAUGCCCUAGAGGCCCGCAUGAGCGAUACAUCGUCCUACCUGGCCAGUGCCCAUUAUGUUCAUGAGAGCAAUCUGCAUGAAUGCCCUCGAUUCACCUCGG